AGCUUUCUAUUUCUACCGAAGGUAAUAUCUGCUUUAUUUUAGUUUAUUUUAGACAUUAAGCUUAUUAUUCACUAAACAUAUCUGCUAAUGUUGUUCGCCAACAGUUUUGUUUUAAGUAAAUACAUUAGCGGGAAAGCUUGAAUUAAAUAAAAUUAUAACUAGGUGUAGAUCGUGCUGUAAUUCGGAAUUUAACUUUGGCAAAAGAAAACGAAUGGUGAUUAGGCAGAGAGUGAAUAGACGGAGAAUGCCGACAAAUGAGAUACCCAUGUCUGAACAGACAGUAUACGAGGAAAUACAAGUUAUCGGAUAAAUACGUGACAUCAAAUAUGGAGCAAAACGUCUCGAUUUGUUUAAGCAAUAGCUAUCGCGCUAUUAUUUCUAAAGUGCAUUAAGUGCACAGAAGAUAAUUUAAGAGACAAGAUCAUUUAGGAGACAAGAUCAUUUAAUGUUUCCAUUUUUAAUUUCUACUUUCAAAAUAUAACGUAAACUAACAAUAAGAUACGGAAAUAUACUUAGCUGUAUUUACAACAAUGUAUAAUUUGUUUUAACAAUAUAGCAUAAUACUAAAUAAAUAAUUAUCGUGUAAAAUUAAUUACUAAAUUAAUUACUAAAUAACUAAUAAAUUGUAAUUAGUUAUUAGUAGUAAUUAAUAUAUUAUUUAGUUCAUCGUCAAGCUUUUUUCCAUAGAAUAGUGUCGGAUAUAACAUAUGAUUUAUUGAAAACAAAAUAUGUAAUAAGGCAUUUGCAGUGUAUUAAUAUAAAAAUUGAUAUGUACAUACUGUGUGUUUGGAGAACUUUAUCAUUUCCUGAUGUGUCACUUGCGUUUAGCGGAUAAGAAAUCUGUUAUCGCGGAUAGAAAUAUCCUUUAAGGAAAAGCGUUUCCUCUCUAUCAAGAUGUCAACCAAUACUACUUCAGUAAUCUGAACAGUAUGAGUCGAAAACACGGUGCAAACGGUUUCCGUAAAAUUUCGCUUCUAUCCUUAUUUUAUUUGAAUCCAAUUAUCACGAUUAAAAUGCAAGUUAUUCAUUAAAGGACGCAAAAGUGUUGCAAUUAAAUUAGAUUAAAUACGCGAUAUGUAGUAUCACAUAUGUCACGCAAUAAACUGAUAUAGACAUACAUCGAAGUGAUGAUAAAACAAAAAACUUAAUUAGGUGCUACAUUUAUUCUGCCAAGUUUUGCUUCGUUCAUUUUGUUUCUGAAAAUCGUUAAUUUGUUCAGUGGGACGUAUAUAUUUAAUAAAAAUGCGAAGAGCUGUGAUGGAUAUGUUAAUGUUCCUUCUCUUCGCAAGUCAGGUACUUCAUGUUUUCGGAAAAGUGAUUGUAAUACGCAAACUGAAUAAAGCAAAUGAAAUGAAACUGGCAUGUCUCUCAGAAGACGAUGGCGGCGCUCUUGUGUGGAACGAUCUAAUAUCGAAAGAAUCAAUCAAAAUAUCAAACAAAAUGCAAUUUAGUAACGUGGAUGAUGUUGCGAAAAAUAAAAAGAAGAUAGAUUGCAAGAUGAACAAAAUCGACGAUUGCUGGAAAUCGUGGACUACAGAAAAAUGGAAUCUUACUGAUUCCCUUAAAACGCCUUUGGGUCCGGUAUUUGAUCAACGCUGGGAAGAAUUCACAGAACAUGGGAUUUUUGAUCGCUUAAAUCAUCCUAUAGAACUAAGAAACACUACAGCGUUUUCCAUUUCGGUUCGUGCAGCCGCUAGGGUGACCAUAACUCUUUGCAACGGCUCUAAAUAUAAACAAAAUUCUUGUUAUUCGAUCAUAAUAGGUAAUUACGGCAAUACAAAGUCCGUCAUACAAAAAUGUUCAAAAGGCAUACCCAUGGAAUGGCAGGAAUCUGAUGAGGAAUGCAGACAAUUUAAAGUUUCCUUCAGUCACAAACCAUUAUCUGCAACUGAAUGGCGAACUUUCCUCAUUACGUGGGACUCCGUAGCUCGGAAUAUAUCCGUUUUUGAUGCUGCCAGUAAUACUGUCUUUAUGAAAUAUCAAGAUAACGAACAAUCAAAUAGUUCAAAAAACUACCACAUGUUUAUAGCCAGCAUCAAUUCUAUGUUCUACCGAUUUCACAUAUAUACUUUUCUGCACACGACCGUUGAGAAUGCAAUUUUAAGGAGUCCGAUCUUUCAGUUCAAUAAUAAAAUGAUAUGUAUACAACUGUUAGCUGGCCUUUGUGCAGAAUGCGACAUAAACAUAACGCUAUAUGAUGCCACACACAAUAUUGAGUUGAAACAAUUCACGGUAAAAGGCUCCUCAAAGGCUACAGCACACGGUUUACCUACAUGGCAAUUCGUCACGAUUGAACAUUUAACUGAUCGUAAUAGUGCGAUAAUGGAAGUAAGACCUAUACUUAAUUCAAACAGUCCUAAUCCAUUAUGGGCGAUAGCGAAUGUUCGACAAUGUCCCAGAUAUGAAUCAUUUAGAAAAGGUGUUUUGUCUAUCUCUGUUAAUCCGUAUGUUUUUACAUACGUACAUACAUCGUCAAAUUUGACAUGUCAAAAAUUAUUUUACGAUGAGCAUACCGUCGUGAGUAGUUUGUCGGAUGUCAAAUCGAAUAUGAACUUAGAUGAUACUGAGUGUCCUGAAGGCAAAUUUGGACCAAGAUGUUCGGUUUCUUGCGAUCUUGUAUCAAACGCUGGUAAUGAUUGCAAAGACUCUGCAAUCUGUUAUCAAAAUGGUUGCACCUGUUUUCCUGGUUUCAUGGGACGUUACUGUUCUAGACCUUGUCAAGGAAAUAUGUACGGACAAAAUUGUAACAAAACUUGCGAUUCGUGCAUGGUCAGGAAAGAAUCAACAUCUCUAUGUAAUAAAGUAACUGGAGUAUGUAAUUAUGGAUGCAAUAACCAUCCAAACAAACUUUAUAUACCACCUAUGUGUCAAAUGAGUAUAACCAAGCCGGGCGCACCUCUAGUUAACUUUAUAAAUACCGUAAAUAUCCAAGUGAAACUUCUUAUCACAUGGAAGGAGGAGUAUGAUGGACCACUCUUUUAUUCCUUCAUCAUUCAAACCACAAAUAAUAUUAAUAUUAAUGGAAUACGCUGGAAGCCAGUAUUUCAAAAUGUAACAGAGCUGACGGGAGUUUUUACAAAUUUAAAAUCUAAUGUUAUUUAUUACAUUAUAUGCAUAUUACGUGCUUGUAACCAAGAUGGCAAGUUAUGUAAUGACAUAUCGAGCGAACGACACAUCGUAGAAAUAAAUUGCAAUCAGUCUAAUUUCUUCUUGAUACCCGAAGAACAUAGCUUGUCGAUUAAUUGGAAAAACGAACUAAACCAGCAACUAUAUUCGUGUGUAGCGAAUCGAUACAUGUUGAUAGUACAACAGGCAAAUACGAGCGAAGAAAUCUUAAAUACAUCAAUUGACAAACUUCCAUACAAAGUAUCUUCAUUACCAUCAUACACUUUAUUUAAUGUAAUUAUACUUCAGAAAAAUAAGAAAAUAUUUUCUAAACAAAUUCGUACACUCAAAGAAGCUCCAUUGAAAAUUUCAAAUCUUCGAAGCUUGAACGUAUCUGACACUAAUGUCACUUUGAGCUGGAUGGCUCCAAAACAACUAAAUGAAGAAAAAAUAAUGGAGUAUGAAGUAACAUUGCAGGUUAAAAAAUACUAUGGUUGUACCGAUUCUAAACCUCUUUUAAAUAAUCCCAACACUACAUACUUGACAAACGACACAACCAUUACAAUCCAGAAUUUACAUCCAUAUGCACUGUACAAUGCAGAAGUUGUUGUUUAUAAUUCACAAUAUAAUAGCGAGCCCGAAGAAACAACCUUUGAAACAAAAGUAUCUGCUAUAGCAACGGAAGUAUACAGCAAUAUAAACGUGCAAGGUUGGAAUAUGACGUGGGAACCACCUGAAGACUGCAGGACGAUUACGGGACCAUUAUAUUCAAGGAUACAAAUAUACGGAAUAAGUGAUGAUGUUAAAGAUGUUAAUAUGAUGAAACAAACAGCUUACUAUCACUUGUCUUUAAAGGAAAUUCAGUUAGACGGUGCUGAACGAUACAUGGCAAAACUGUACGUGAUAAGACGUGCGACAGGCUUAGAAAAUCAUUUCGCUUAUCAAACAUAUGAGUUUGAAACUCCAUCUAAAGCUCCGCCUAAGGUAAUCAAUCUGGAAGUCUAUGAAAUUGACAGUCGUCAAAAUCCUACUAUUGUAUAUUUGAGAUGGCAACGUCCACGUCCACCUCUCAACGGGAUAUUGCAUGCUUAUCGCAUCCGAUUAUGUGAAAGAAAUGAAUGCACUAAUAAUACAGUUGAAUCAAAUGCUGUCUGUAACUUAUGGGACAAUUAUAUUUGUGGAUCUAUUCAGAGAUAUUCAAAGAAACAGCAGAUGCUUGAAGUUGUGGCGAGCAAUGUUAAUGUUUCUAAACCAGGCAUUCCGUUUGUAGUGUCUAUGAUAAAUCUUGAUAACGCAGCUCCAGACCAACCUGAUAAUUUCACCAUUACAACGCUCAAUAAUAGCGUAGUGGAUCUACAGUGGUGUCAUCCUUGGAAAACGGGCAGUCCUCUGGAGUAUUUUCGUAUUCAGAUGAACCCGAUUUCAACAAAUCUGCAAACGCUUUCGGAAAAUGAUAAAUUUCCGAAAAAUCACAGUUUGCCAAUUAAAAUCGAAUUCAUGGUGUCCAAUUAUACACGUAAUUACCACGAACGAUUAUACCUGCUUCCUUCAACGCAGUACCUCGUCUCCAUUCAAGCUGUAACGUAUAACAACAGAACUAGCAAAAUAAUGUACAAGAACUUCGAAACACCUUCUACUUUAAAGUUCAAUGGUCAUCUAAAAUACAUGCUAUCUGAUUCGAUGAUUUCACUGGAUAUACCGCCUGUUUUGAACAAUACGAAGAACAGCAUGAUACACGUCAUAGUAAAAGGGCCUAAACCCUGCGAGGAAUAUUUAAAAGUACCUAAAAAUUUACAAGCGCAAGCAGGAGUGCAGGUGGAUGAUGACGCUUGGCAAGCCGCUGAGCUUCCGACUCAAAAGCUCGCUGGCAAACCGUUCAUAAUUGGUAACAAUCAAUUUUAUGGCAAAGCCAAGAACUGCCCACACAACCUAAGGAAUUGUAUGAAAUAAUAGUUCUCGUCGUUGAGCGUAACCAAAAUUUGUCUAGCAAAGCCAUACUCAAAAUAUCGUUUCGCAACAAUGAUGUUUCAUCGACGCAUCACGAAAAGUGGAUUAUACCCAUACUGUUAAUCAUCAUCGGGGCAGCCAUAGCUUUUUAUUUCUACCGAAGGUAACAUCUCUUUUAUCCUAAUCUAUUUUGAAAAAUGGAAACUACUAUUUAUUAAGUACGUCUGUCUUUGACAGAAUGACAGUGUUUUAUAAAAACACCAAGCAGGAAGUUUUAAUCAAAUAAGAUUAAUUACGACAAUUUUUUAAAAUCGUUUAAGAAUAAUUACGAAUUGCAUUACAACCAGAAAUUUUAUUUUGGCAGGAAAAAGCAAGGAGAAGCUAAACAAAAGAUAUUGCAAAAUGAGACAACUUUGUCUCAAGACGUAACAUACAAAGCACAGGAUGAAGCCCAUGAUAUUAAAUUAGAAGCAAAAUCUUCCGAUCCUAGUCAGCAGUAAUGACUGUGGAUGGCUACUCUAAAAGCUGCACCCUGCUAUCGAAAAUGAUGAGAAGAUAAAUCUUUGAUUGAGUUUUUAAUUCUUAACUUUAAAAUGUCAUACAAAUUAUAGUAUCAAAAUAAUACAUUUACAAUAAGAUCGCAUAAUACUAAGAAAAUUAAUAUAAAUAACUAUUUAGCAUUAUAGCACUUA